AUGGACAUCUCUAAUUUCCCGGAGGCACCCCGGUCAGAGCCUGUUCUUCCUCCCCCAGAGCCACCUUCAUCCCCGCCGUCUAUUGCUUCCGAUACUCGCAGAACCAGAAAACCACCAACUGUAACGCCCCGGUCAUUCCGUCGAUUCUUUACCCCGCGUUCUUUAUUGCCGACUGGUGAUACUUCUAUCACGCCCUCGACUAGCCGCCAGGCCUUACGGGCACUCUCAUCGCCCGCGGUGAAUCGUCUGGGGCCAGCAUUUUCGAGAACCUCCAAGGCUGGCAGCACCAGAAGUCCUCACGAUGGCUUACCGGAAGACUUUAUUCGCACCCCGAGCAGGAAAAGAAAAAACUCAUUCUCCUCAGUCGUCUCCCCACAAUCCUCGCCUCUGAAGAGAGUUCGUGUCCGGUCUCCAAUACACGAUGUGGAACAAGAUAUUAAAAUUCCAAAUAUCGACAUCCGUCCUCAUGCAUUAGCACCCCCGAGUCCACCCAAGCGAAAUCCCCCCGUGGCCCCUGUGCGCCGCUCCCAGGCAUUGCAAUCAUCUGGUGCUUUGUUUAUGCGAACUAUGAUGGGGAGUCGGGCUAAUAAAGUAACCCUACGAUCUAACUCUGGCGCUGGCUGGCAAGAUCUUACUUCCGACUUCUAUUCGCAAUCGCAGGACCGUCAUAUGUGUAGUAGUUACGCAUCGGAGGGCUCAGUGGCCCUCCCAUUCUGUAAUGCUUCAUGCAACAUCGGCGAUGAAGAGGGUGGAAUUCGCCUCUUGGAUUCAUCGAUGGAUGAUAAUGCUGGGUUCUCUGGCGCAUACCUUGGUUUCCGUCCACACAUGAAUUCGAUCAUGGACCUCGAGUUCUCAUCAGAUGACAUGCUACUGGCUACGGCAUCUGGCGACCAAACGUCUCUUAUUAUUGAUAUGACAACACAACGACCCAUCCACUGCUUAUCGAAUCACUCAUCCUCCGUUAAGCGUAUCCAAUUCCAACCGGCAUCAAACAAUAAGGUUCUUGCUACGUGCAGUAGGGAUGGUAAUGUCAAUAUUUGGGAUCUCCGCUGUAAAGGAUUUGAACGGCCUGCGUUGCAAGUUCAAUGCUCCCUAGAAUCCGAAUCCGAAAACGCCGCGACCACUGCACCUCCAAAGAUGUUAUACCCGCACGUUCUGAAUACCAUUGAAGGUGCCCAUGCAUACACAACCUCUCAUAAAACGGCCAUGGAUAAAAAUGAUGCGCCACCAAUUGGCCGGACCGAUAUCACCGUUACUUCUCUCGCUUUUCUUUCGCCUGGCCGCGAAAAUCUUUUUGUUACGGCUUCCGAGGCUAGCGCAAGUGUCAGACUUUGGGACUUGCGAACAGCACAUAACAAUCGGCGUGGUCGACCCGUUAUCCCUCUAUCUACCACACAAGAGCCGGAAAGCCAUGUGAAGUAUCGACGCUUUGGCCUGACUUCCAUGGCGUUUGGAGGAGAUGGCUCACGAUUGUACACACUUUGCCGAGACAACACCGUUUACACCUACUCGACAUCGCACUUAAUUCUCGGGCAUGCGCCUGAACUUUCACUCAAUAACAACCGUCCACGGAGGACUGGAGGCUCUGACAAGGACGGUCUUGGGCCUCUCUAUGGUUUCCGCCACCCUCGCCUCCAAAUUUCCUCAUUCUAUGUGAAGUUAGCUGUGCGCAAAGCAAACCACGAUCAUCCGGAGAUGCUGGCUACUGGGAGUAGCGACCACUGCCCCAUUCUUUUCCCUACCGAUGAACGGUACCUCAAUUCUCCCGUGAAAACACCGGCCGAAUCUUUGCCUAGUAGGACUUCUCUGUUCACUACCCGCUCAGGACUUCGUCGCACCAACUCUGGAAUCGGCUUGUCCGGCCGUCUCGAAGAUACCAUCCCAAUCCACCAAUCAGGCACUCCUCUUAUCGAAGGUCAUCAGAAAGAGGUCACUGGUCUGUCUUGGACCCCAUCUGGCGAACUAAUUACUGUGAGCGAUGACUACUCUGCACGGUGCUGGCGUGAGGGACCCGAGGCUCGCGAGCUUCGAAGCGGCGGUGAAACUGAGGGUAAACGCUGGAUGUGUGGCUGGGCUGAUAUGAAAGACUCAAUUGACGACGAAGACGAAUGA